CUGACCAAUCAAAAUUAGUGAGUGCACUGCAUCUCUCUGCAGUGAGGAGAAGCGACAAGGUAGGCUGUCAUUCUGCAAAAGCUGCCCAUCGCAAGCUUUCCUCUCAGAAGCACGGCUUUUCUUUUUUUGAAAGCUUGAAUCUCAGUGGUGUCUCUGGAGACAAGAAGCCUUCAGUAUGUUAAAUUACUUUCAUUAUGAAUUUUCAGAUGCUUAUUGAUUCUACAGUAGGAAGAGUGGGAGACUGCAGCAGCCUGUAAACCAGAACUAAAGCAGUUGUAUACGUUAGCAGUAUGCUGAAACAAUGACACAGUACAGGCACAAAUUUUCACUAAGGUCAUUUUCUGAAGAUAUGCUUAUCACCCUCUUUCCCUUCUACUCUGCUAACAAGUGAACAAAAUGAAUCCCUCCAACCUGGAACUGCUUCACCUGCAUCGAGAAUUUAUCAAAUCUUUAGUGGAGGGCAUGCAGCAACUAAUUCUGUUUUACAACUGACAAUAUGAAGAAUGCAGUUGACCGGGUCUCUUUCUAGCUGUAUGACCUACAAGCAGCAGGAUGCACCACUAAAAUGUAUUCUUAAGACAUAAAGGAAUUAGAAACAAAACAUGGAACACGCUUGCAUUGCCACUUACGUGCACGACACUUCAACAAUAUACAUGGAAGACUAACACAUCUGCUCAGAUUUUCAUUAGAAGAAGACUGCAAUGAUCAAUCCUUAAAAUGGUGAGAAUUUCUUAAAGAGGGAUUUAUAAUUUAAAACCAGAAUUGUGGAUACUACUGAUGCAUGAAGAAACAAUGAAACAUGAAUUCCCCAAAGGAGAAUAUGCAUACUUCACCAGCAAGCUGAAUAAGGUUUUAACCAAGCUUUUUCUAUACUACUCAUUAAAUAACUUAUUUGUCAUAAUGACUAAUGGAUAUUUUUCUCUCAGUUUUAUGGUUUGUUGUGCAGUCUCCUUAAAUGAAAAUAAGCCAAAUUAGGUUACUCAUGGUUACACUCAAAGCACACGAGCCGGAUUUUAUGAUGUAUAGCAACUUCUUUGACUAAGCCAUCACUCAAAAGUAAUGAGCAUGAAUAUUACAGAAAGAAAUAUGCAACCAUAAACUAAAGAAUGUCUGCAUAUACUCUGAAAAGAGAGAUCAGAAAUCUUCCUUUUUAAACCUGGAAAAUAAAAACAGGCUGCUACAAAAUGCAAGAGGGGAAAGAAAUUAACAUCACUUAAAAGAAGGUUUAUUUGUUAUUGCUGCCUUGAAACUCAGAGCAGACAUGCAGAAUAUGCACUGGGCUGUGGAAGUGUCUCAGGCAAUUAAGAAGACCCCACGUUUAAUCAGAAUUUGCUGCUGAAGUGCUGGAACAAAAAAAAAAAAAAAAGGGGGGGGGGAAGGAAAAAAACCCUGCAAGGAAUGAAAUAAGAGCCCAGCUACCACUUGGUUUCCAGGUUACAGUGCAUGUCAAAUAUCUAUCAGUGACACCAUGUAUCAAUUUAUGACAAGCUGCUGCAGUGAUCUGAAAGGCCCUUGAGGCGCAGAGAACAGGAGAAAAAACAACUGCAACAAAAGGAUGUGUUUCUCCCUCAUUCUGGAAGUCAACAUGCAGUCUGAAUCUAACAUUACAGUUCGAGAUGCCAUUGACGACAUCGACAGCAACAUGUACCAACCACUAUCAUAUCCAUUAAGCUUUCAAGUUUCUCUCACUGGAUUUUUGAUGUUAGAAAUUGUUUUGGGACUCGGCAGCAACCUCACCGUGCUGGUACUUUACUGUAUGAAAUCCAACUUAAUCAACUCUGUCAGUAACAUAAUUACAAUGAACCUUCAUGUACUUGAUGUAAUAAUUUGUGUGGGAUGUAUUCCUCUAACUAUAGUUAUCCUUCUGCUUUCACUGGAGAGUAACACUGCUCUGAUUUGCUGCUUCCACGAGGCUUGUGUCUCUUUUGCAAGUGUUUCAACUGCAAUCAACGUCUUUGCAAUCACUCUGGACCGAUAUGACAUCUCUGUAAAACCUGCCAAUCGAAUUCUGACUAUGGGAAGGGCUGUGAUACUAAUGACAUCAAUAUGGAUAAUUUCACUUUUUUCCUUCCUGAUUCCUUUCAUAGAAGUCAACUUUUUCAGUCUUCAAAGCGCAAGUACUUGGGAAAAUAAGACACUUCUGUGUGUGAGUACAAACGAGUACCACACUGAGCUAGGAAUGUACUACCACCUUCUCGUUCAGAUUCCAAUCUUCUUCUUCACUGUUAUAGUAAUGCUAAUUACUUACAGCAAAAUACUUCAGGCUCUAAAUAUUCGGAUUGGUACAAGAUUUACAACAGGACAAAAGAAGAAAGCUCGAAAGAAAAAAACUAUUUCUUUGACCACUCAGCACGAGACUACAGACAUGUCCCACAGCAGCACAGGCAAAAAUGUUGUCUUUGGCGUAAGGACUUCUGUGUCUGUCAUAAUUGCCCUACGCAGAGCUGUAAAACGGCAUCGGGAGCGACGAGAACGGCAAAAGAGAGUCUUCAGAAUGUCCCUCUUGAUUAUCUCAACUUUUCUUCUCUGCUGGACACCAAUCUCUGUUUUAAACACCACCAUCUUAUGUUUGGGCCCAAGUGACCUUUUGGUAAAGUUGCGAUUAUGCUUUCUAGUAAUGGCAUACGGAACGACUAUAUUUCACCCUCUACUUUAUGCAUUCACCAGGCAAAAGUUUCAGAAAGUUCUGAAAAGUAAGAUGAAAAAGCGAGUUGUUUCAAUAGUGGAAGCAGAUCCCCUGCCAAACAAUGCUGUAAUACACAACUCAUGGAUAGAGCCUAAAAGGAACAAAAAGAUUACCUUUGAAGAUAACGAAGUAAGGCAGAAAUGUUUAGUACCUCAGGUUGUCACUGACUAGAUUUCAGUAUUCACCAAAAUACAUCAAGCAGAACAUUUGAACAAAUUGUAGAAAAAUACUGCCAAAUAAGAAAAACUUUUUUUAACUAUUGGCGAGUGUAAAAUUUCAAUAUAUAUGUUAAAUAGAGUAGGUCUUGUAUAUUCAAUCUCUUCAUUAUGUAAGAUAUAUGUUGCAUGGCUGUUUGUUAGUGUAACACCAUGUGUAUAUUUGUCAAAAAUAUUCAAGUCCUCUUUUUUAGAAAAUAAAUAGCCUUAAAGAAGUGCGAAAUUUUAACAAUAUUUGUAUGGCUCAAUUUCUCUGUAAAUAUAAAAGCAUUUUUAAGCAAAAAUUCCACUCAGUAAUACUUUUCUAAAGCACAAAUUCAACAUUUUGCAUGCUAGGGCAUUUUUAAAUUUAAUUCAUAAACAGUACUGAUCAGAGAUAUUCUGAAUGCUAUAUAGCUACAACUUGGACAUAUUUUGACCUCAUAUUUAGGUAGCUAAUUAUUUCAAAUUUCUCCAGCAUGUAAUUACCAUGCACAUGUAGACAAAGCCAUUUAUGUGAUGUUCUUCAAAUAACAGUUCAGAAUCAGUUGAUUUUGAUAGAGGAAAAAAAACAAUUCAAGAUGGUCCAAAAACUGACGAUACAUUUAAGAAAAGAAAAAGGUCUUGCGUAUAUCAUCUCAGAACCACAGUUUCUAGACAGAAAAUACACAACUUUGAAUUAUCACACAGGAGAGGUGGAGGAGGUAAGGGAAAAGGCAGGCUAAAGGAAGGCAAAACCACAGAGACAAGAAUAUUACUGGGCUUGAUGCUAAAAGACAAGGAACUGACUAAGCCAUUCCUGUGCAAAAGCUUAGAUUUUCACACUGAAGGGGUUUAGCUAGAUCUCUAGUGUGACACAGGGACCUUUUAUACAGAGAUAUUUAAUUCAUACCAACUAUACAUAGACAGAUAUAGCUGUCAAGUGCCACAGCUGAAAGUGGCAUUUUCUUGCCCUCAACAACUUUUAUAUUAUUUUGACUUCACUUCUCCUUUGAUGAUAUUCAGUUCUAGCUAUACAACUGCUUUGUCACAAAUCGAUCAAUACUGCUAGCUACCCUAUCUCUGUAUUUCCUGGACAGCCGUGCAAUAGCAUCAUUCUACAUCAUCUUUUUCUAUUUCAUCCUACACCUGUGAAGAAGAAUAGGAAGCCUUAAGAAGUCAUAUCAUCCACUUCACUAUAAGCAAGAAUUAAGUUAUUCAUCCAAACAAAAGCGUUUUUUGAGCAGCUUGCACUAUCCCAGGCUUAGAAAUUCAUCAUUUCAAUGAACAGUGGCUACAUUAAUUGACUUAGUUACCAGCUAUAGGGGGAGGGGGAAACAAACCAAAAAAAUGCAAAAUCAAUUAGCAUGAUUUCACUUGUCUUGUUAUAUAAAAUGCUCAGUGCGUCAGCAGCUACCACUGUAAUUAAAAGGCUAAUUCUCAAUAAGUAUUGGCUUCUACUAAAAAAAGGAAAAAGGCAGAGCAUAUCCUUGAAUAUGAGAGCUAGUUGACUGAAGUAUUACAUUAAAAAAAUUCUGAAGUAUUUUUCUGAAGCUGCAUAUUAAAAAAAGUGUGGUUUUAAGGGAGCAAAAUGCUAUUUUCCAUUACACCAUUAAGUUAUUAAUCACCUGCGUAUUGCCAAAACUGGUUUUGUGGUUAGAAAGAAAAGCAGUACUUAUAAUGCAUCCUAGUUUACUUAGGCUCAUGUUUUAGCUUACUAGAACAGAAGACACAAAAAAAUAAUACUACAUCUUCCACAAAGACCAGCCACUUACAAUCAUCCACACUCUAGCCAGAAGUUUUAUUAUCUAAUUGAUAAAAAUUUGUUAUCUAAAAGUACUGCAUAACAUACAUUCAACAUAAUUUCACUGGCUUUUUCUAAAAGCUAGCCCAACAACACCUACGUCCAGCUGUGCCCACUUACAGCGUCCAUUUCAUCCAAGCCAACACUAUUUUACUUCAAGUUUCCUACAAGAAUUAAAAUUCAUCUUAUUUGUGAGGUUGCAGGAGGGAAGUAAACUUAACGGUUUUAUGCAAGAAGCUCUUUUUUUAAAACCUUAUAUGCUCCAAAUUUACCACUGCAAACCAUUCUUUCAGGAAUAAGCUCUUCUGAAAAGAAAUGUGCCCAAAAAGCCUAGAGCAGGAACUAUUAUUUUUUUCUUUUUUUCCUAACACUUCUUUUCUCUGCCUAGCUAUCAUCUGUAUUCAGAACACUCAGAGGAAAAGAAAGUGGGAUCUCUAGGAUUAAUGACAUAAUAUGAUUUAACUGAUUACUUAUCUUCCAAUAAAGCAGUCUUAAAUCAAUUUAAAAUGCUAUUCAUUUCUUUAAAAAGAAGAAAUCAUAAUGAUCACAACACGUGAAUAAGUUUAUACCAUGUCCUUAUCUGAAACAAGCAUUUAAGAAAAGCUUUCAGACUUGAAAGGUUUCUUAACAAUAUUAACUUUACUUUUUAAAACUAAAUAAAUCCUCAAGUACUACAGGUUUAGUGUUAAAAGCUCAUUCAUUAGAAAGUCAGAGUCAAUGAAUCUUCAUACCAAAUUAAAAAUACAGCCUAGGAAUUAGGUGGACAGAUUAAGUCAGGUUUUAAAGGCUACGUAGAUCACAGUUAUUGAUAGCAUUUAAGAAUAUAACCAAGUUCAUUUUUACAUUAACUAUUCUACAUCUUUCAUUAAAUAAAGGGGAAAAAAGGGACUUAUACCAUGUUGAAGCACACUUUGAGGUCCACAGAAAAAAAUUCUACAUAGAGCAGGAAGUAAUACAAGUAAGAAUAUGUGCAGUCCUAUAUGCACAUUGGAGUCAUUACAACACAGAAUCAUACAUGAUCUAUACCACAAAGAUGACAGAUUUAACAUAAGACAUAAAAACAUAAAAAGAGCAACUAGUGAAGGAACAUUUUAUAUACCAAAGAUAUAGAAGAGGACUUUAGAAGGGUUAUGAAGGUGUGCCAUGGGUGCUUGACUGACAGACUAAAACAGAAUGCAAAAACAGGCAGCAUCACUGGAGAAAAAAGGGCAAAUACAUGCCAUAUUAUUGCACAAUAAGAAACCCACCACAUUCUUAAAAAAUAUCUCACCACAGUGAGUCAUUAGUUUAAGUACAUUUCACACUACUCAGCUUAAGGCAAGCAGAACUGUACAGGACUCUAAAAAUAUUAAUUCCAGCAAACACAUCUCAGAAACAUAAGCAACCACCACCACUUUCCACAUGUUCUCUGUCCCUAAAAUAUUAGCUGGUAUCUGACUAUGUUGCCUUUUAACUUCAGAUGCAUUUGCAUUCAAAUUUACAUUCUAAAAUUAAUUUAGCCUGCACUAAAAGUACAAAAAAGGCCGGUACAGUGCCAGUACCUACUAUAAUAUUCAAGAAGCACACCAGUACAUCACAAAUCAGUGAAACAGAAAUGUAAAUACCUCACAAAAAUCUAGUUUCAGGUUGGCAACAAAUUUAGGGAUUACAAGGCAGUGAUACAUCGUCAGAAGUUCUGUCUGCUUCAUUAGUGCCAAGGGAUAGGAAUCAGUUCAGUGAUUUCUAAAUAUAUUAGAUUAAAAAUGUAUGCAUCCGGAUACACAUUAGAUCAAUAUGCCUCUCUUCCUUCACUGUUACAUAAAUACACACAAGUACGUACUACAUCAUUAUUAUACAUCCAUAAACACCAAAAGUGAGCUCAAUACUUGCAUGUCUCUUACUUUUACAGCCAUUAGCAUCUGUUUAAUAUUUACAUGGAGGGGGUUUUGAUAAGAGUAUCUCUAAACUGGACAGACAGGCACUAUGCCCCACCAUGCAUACGUUUAAAUGCCUGCCCAUCCCCAACACCAUAUUUUUUUUUCUUUUUAAAUGAAAUAAUACAUUCAUCAAUAUAUAAUUUACCUAAGCACAAGGCAGAAUUUUUCUGCUGUGUUAAUUGUUACGUAUAUCAUACUACAAUGCACAUAAUGGUUCUUUUUCCAACAUCAAUGUAUGUGCUAGUCAUCAGAAUUCUUUGAUAGCUGAAUAUUUUAGAUGUAUGUUUGUUUCUUCUGAAUAAAGUGUUCUAGUUCCCAAUUGCCAUUAAGCUCUUUUAAAAGAGAACACAGCAUUGUUGGGCAAAGUUUUGAUGUAGUAUUAAAAAACAUAGAAUGCACUAACUUACUCUUCCCUCUCAUCGUUCAAACAACUCCAACAUACAGCUAAGGGCAAUCAGCUUCUGUAUUAAAACUUUCCAGCUUUAUGACAGUCAAAUUCCACUCCCGCUUCACACAUUCUGCUGUAUUAUCACCGAAUUCAUUUGUCUUGCACCAACAGGAGAGAAGAAUCUAACUCUGAAACUACCUUCUGCCUUUUCUACUUCAUAGAACACUCGUGCAACUCAGAAAGCAAAAUUAAACACAGGCUUUGAGUUUUGUUUUGCUGAGGGGAGGGUGAGGGAAAAAAAGAAAAAAAACAGACAUACUGAGUGACUAAAAGGAAAAUCAAAACUGACUCAUACCCAGAGAGUGUUAAAGAAGUAGGAUGUAAAGUAGGUGGAGAGUACAGGUCAAGAGGAAAAGGGCAGAAGGUGGAAGGAACUCCUGCGAGGCAUCUACGGCCACAAGCCCUACAGAAAGGUGGAGAGCAACAUGCACCUGCCAGGGAAAGAAUCCUAACUUUACUAUCUAGACCACAAUAAACAAAAACACAAGAAGAACUUAUCUUUGAAUCACCCAGUGUGAGAUAUGUCUUUACCAAAAUUGCUGGGAGGAGAGGGCAAAACCACAUGAAGAGCAACUCUAGAAAAGGCUUUUGACCUAACAAAUCAUACUCAAAACAUACAGAAAGAGACCACUGUCUUUUUUCUACUGUCUUUUCUCUCAGAGAUAAACUAUACAUUUCACUGAGUAGAAAAUACAUACAGAGUACAGGCAUUCCAAGAACAGACCUGAAAAGAAAAUGUUACUGGAUGCUUGUUCCCAUAGGUAAUUUUUUUUUUUAAUUCUAUUGAAUUGUUCCUGAAAUCAUUAUUGGUCAGAUAACUUCAGCUUGUCUUAAUAUUUCAAGUGUUUCACCACGACAGUAUGUUUUCAAUUACUGCUUCUUUAGCUCACUUUAAUUAUUUCUGUAGAGUAUUAAAUUUGAAGGAGGAAUGUCAUUAGCCAUCUUUAUGUUAUGCUAAAAUUACACUUCAGUGCUUAUUACAAACUGAGCCAGAAUGGAAGAAAUAUCUUCCUGUAUGUUCACUUUACAGGUUUUUUUAUCAGCUGUCUUCCUAUUUUACAAAGAAACUCUCACCAAUUAAAUGAAAUUAAUUUAAAAUUAAAAACCAGAAGAUAUAGAGGGAAAAUUCUAUAGGAGGCACAUAACCUGAAAUUAUUAAAAGAUAAUUUAUUUUUUAUAGUUCGAAUGAAUUCUAUCUUUUGAAUACAUGCAUUUCUAUAUCCUCAUUCUGAUUCCCUACACUGCACAGCCAGGCAAGCAGGCGGGCACGCUGACGGCACAAAGCUGUUGGCAAACAACGCACCCUUGUUUCUUUUCCAAGCUGCGUUUUUGGAAAUAUACUUUUGGUUUAUGUUACCCUGCUAUGAUCUCUAUCUUCCUACCCUAUCUUGCAACAAUUUAACUUGAUACCAUAUCCGAUAAACAAAUCAAUGUCACUGCUGAAACAACAUUUUUGCUGUAAAAUCUGUCACUCGGCUAUGUCAGACUGUUAUUAACAGACCAAUAUUAGCACAGCUUUACUUUCAACUGUACUAGGAUCUCUCACAAUCUGUUGCGAGAUUUUACUUCAAAUUAAAUUAAAUUUAAACUUAAUUAGCAGUGGAGAAAAAAGCACAAUAACUGAUGACAAUCUAUUUCUGCUCUGCACCGUGGUUUUCUUCCAAAUCUUAUUUCAAGAUAUUUUUCAUAAAUCCCUGUCACAACUAAACAGGGAAGGAAGAAGGGAGAAGUAAGGGGGGAAAAAGGGACAGCUUCCUACAGUCGUAAAUCAUUGCUAACAUCAGCAAUACUGUGCACUAGGCUGCAUUUACCAGUGUGCUGAAAACAUGCAAAAGGUAAAGGAAAAUGGAAAAGGAACACUAUUUGCAAUCUAUGUAUCAUCACAAAACAAGAAGUGAAUGUGAGUACCAACACUGUGAGUGAAUGUGAAUGUGUUAAACACCUGAACAAUAAUGUGAAGAAGAAUAAUUCCACCUAGCAAGUCUAAAAACUAGUGAGUGAGACCUACCAAUGAAUGAUAGCAAACAAAACAAACGAUGUGACAGGAAUCUGCAGGCAAAGGGAAGGUUUUGACACAGUUUCAUGGUUCAAUAACAACAACAGUGGCUUCCACAGACUAAAUACUUCACUCGAAAACUCUCAUGGAAAACUAUUUUUUUGUGUUUUGCCACACCUGCACCUAUAUGGAGCACAAUAUAGCUAAAAUAAGAUUUAGCAUAUGAGUUUGUUGCUACCACAGUCGGUAAGAUAUUUCAUGAAAGAUUUUUUUCAGCUAAAACAGACUUUCUAGUAUAUUUGCAUGUAAUAAAAACAACAGUGUUACUUGAAUUAUAAAUUCAUCUUCUGAACAGUUACCAAGCAGACAUCAAAUCAUAAGAAGUUUCCAAAUUAAGUGAAUCUAUUUUCUGUGUUUAAAUGGGAACAAACAUUUAAGUGUAAUAAUUCUGACCAUAUGAGCUUAUACGCCAAUAAAUAUAAAAUGGAACUGUUCAGGUCAUCUGCAGUCACAUCAAACACAGACAAUGCACAAAAAAGUGCACAUGAAGACAAGUUAAAGAGAUCUUUUAAAAGAUUAAUG